CAGAAGCCAUUGUGUGAACCCAUCAUUUGUUUCCCAUUUGUUCUGUUUCCAUUAAUUUUCAUUCUCCUUGUCUUCCAUUCCUAAUUAUCACAAGAUAUUAAUACUAUGAUUCACUGCAUCUUCAGACAUAAAUACAUACAUUUUACAUUGAAACAAGAAAAGUUAGGGCUUCAGUGACUUAAGCUAUGCAAAAUAUCUAAGUUUGAAGGACAAUAUAAGGUAAGAGAAAGUAUACUAAACUUUGAAUCAGUAGAAUUAUUUAUUUUUAUAUUAAUUUUUAUUGGAGUAUAGUUGCUUUACAAUGUUGUGUUAGUUUCUGCUGUACAGCAAAGUGAGUCAGCUCUACAUAUACCUAUAUUCCCUCUUUUGUGGAUUUCCUUCCCAUUUAGGUAGCCACAGAGCACUGAGUAGAGUUCCCUGUGCUAUACAGUAGGUUCUCAUUAGUUAUCUAUUUUAUACGUAAUAUCAAUAGUGAAAAUACAUCAAUUCCAAUCUUCCAAUUCAUCCCACCCCCCAUUUCCCCAAUUAGUGUCCAUAUGUUUGUUCUCUACAUCUGUGUCUCUAUUUCUGCUUUGCAAAUAACAUCACCUAUACUUUUUUUUCUAGACUCCACAUAUGUGCAUUAAUAUACAAUAUUUGUUUUUCUCUUUCUGACUUACUUUGAUCUGUAUGAUAGUCUCUAGAGACAUGGAUGAAAUCAGAAUAAUUUAGAUGGCAUGAUCACCCAAGUACAACCAUGGAGCAGUCAUGUGGCCUCUUAACUUUCAUUUUCUCAUAUUUAAAAAUAAGAUAACACCCAUCAUAUACCUCACAGUCCUACAACCUAAAAUAAAACCUCAGAGCAUUAAUUAUAUCAGAGAUUCCAUGAAAGCAAAAGCAAUGUUGUUCCUAAUUUUUAUUCUAUGCCUUCAAGCACAGCUCCUGGCUCAUAAAAAAAAAAACAAAAAUAUUUGCUUCUCAUUGUUUGAGACGGUUCCUUAGAAAGCACAGCAAUCAGUAAAACACUAUACAAAUAUAUAAUUUCUAUUCAAAGUCUACCUCUGGUCAGACUCAAUAGCAAUAAUUUUCUGUCCAAGAGAAGAAAAAGUUUGCAAGAAAACAAAUGGGGUUUGAAAAUGAGUAAAUGCAAGGUUCACAGGCUAGUUGAGCUGCAAGCACAAAUGCUUUAUCUAGUUCUUUUCCUGACAGUCCUGUGUUUGGUUUUUGCUGAAUAACUCAUGCAAUAUUUAUAGAUAUGUGGAGAGAGAGGCACCCUUUAACAGGAUAACAGGCAAAAUUUUCAGUUCUUUUCACAGCUUCCCUAAAGGUACUCUUUCUUCUUAAAUUUGUGGUAUUAAAAUUUAUGAACAUGAUUCUCAAAAUCUCAGCUAAGGUGCUUGUUAAAACAUGCAGAAGUUCAAACACAAAUAGUUAUGGUAUUCAGUGGGAAGGCCGAGAAGGAAAAGUCCUGUUUCUUGUUUUGUUUUAUUGGAGUAUAAUUGCUUUACAAUGUGGUAUUCAUUUCUGCUGUACAAUGAAGUGAAUUAGCUACAUAUUUGGGGCAGUACGAGAAGGGGAUGACAGCGGAUGAGAUGGCUGGAUGGCAUCACUGACUCGAUGGACGUGAGUCUCAGUGAACUCCAGGAGUUGGUGAUGGACAGGGAGGCCUGGCAUGCUGCGAUUCAUGGGGUCGCAAAGAGUCGGACACAACUGAGAGACUGAACUGAACUGAUUCCCUCCCCUUUGAGCCUCCGUCUCAUCCAGUUUCACUCAUCUGUUAUGUGGAACAGAGAACUCAGCUUGGUGCUCUGUGAUAACCCAGAGUCCUAUGUUUUUAAUAAGUGAUCCAACUUGAUUCUGACACAAAUAUCCUUUAAUACACCUUGAGAAACACUACUUUACAGCUUAUUCCCUAUCUGCCUUUUGAUAAAUUGGUUAGUCUCUUUAAAACUCAGUUUAUUCAUCUAUGAAAUGAGUUUAAUAUUAUUACCCUACUUAUAAAGUAAUGUGAGGAUCAUUUAAUAUAGUGUGUAAAGCAUUGAGCAGAGUACCAAGCAUAUAAUUAAUACUCAACACAUAUGUGUAACUUUUAUAGCUCUGGACUCUGACAUCCAAAGACACUUGAUUGUUUUGCCGUAAACAAUCAAUAAACAAGCAGAUUUGGCAGGGAGAGGGACACUGAGGAAAAACAGAAAUACUAAGGAUUCUGCUGCUACUUCAAAUAUCUUGAGAUUUGGCUUUGGAGCAUAAUGUCAUUAUUUUCCUAUUUUCACUUGUCCAUUUAGAAAGUACAAAUUGGAACUAAUAACUGAGAAAACCAGAUUAUUAGUUUCAAAGAUCAGCCAUAUCUCUGCAAUUUAGUGUUUUAUCUCUCCCCAAUGGAAAAGCACAGAUUUUAUAUCACUGUAUAUGACUGCAUUGUAAAGAAUAAUAUUUUAGUGGAUGGAAAAAUUAUAAUUAAAAAAUGUAAACCAAUCAAGCCAUACCUAUAAAGAUUCUUUUUAUCUGAUACUCAUACCAAAAGUAUCUUGUACAAGAAGUCAGAAUAGCUUGGAUUUUAGUAGCACAGUUUCUGUGAUCAGCUCACCCAGUUUACAUACUAACUCUUCCACUUAAUACAUGAAUGAAUUUGGGUAAAUACUUUGACUUGUCCAUGCCUCUAUUUGCAGUUUGGUUACAACAUACUAAUAAUAGUAACUAUUUCACAGAGCUGCUGUGAGUCAAAGUAAUGCAUGUAAAAGACCUUCAAAACAGUACUUGGCACAGUAAAUAAGACUGUAUGAUUAGAAACAUUAAAAGUAAUACAAGUAACAUAUUAAUUUUUGGUUAAGAGAGCCCGGUGUUUUUCCCAAAGAGAUUUAUCAGAGAAUAUACCAUAUUGGGAACAAACUAGAUCUUUCUGAGCGUGAUAUUUAGUGAGGAUAAAAUUUGAGAGCCCCUGGAAAUUAAUGUCUGUCACUGAAGUUCCAUUUCUUCAUUCUUGAAAUGACUCUUAAUGCAUAUUUUUAUGUUUAUUGUUUCCUCCUCUUUGUCACCUCAAGAUAGAAACUGCCCUAUUGAAAAGAUUGAAGGGAGUUAAAUCACAUUAUUUCCUAUGUCAGAAUCUCAGGUCACAUAAAAAUCAUAUGAAAUAUUUGGAGAAUUUUCUGAAUAUUCUUUGCUUCUGGAGAUGCUCUUGGUCCCAUCAUACACCUUGGAAAGCAGAACUCAAAUAUACAGAAAUAUCUGGGCAAACUUGGCCUCUGAUUUCCAGUUAAUUCAACUUUUGGGAGGUAUUAGCAAUGUUCAUGGGGUGGAAGGGGAGAAUGGUCCUGGUGUUUAUUCCACUGGCUGUCUCCUAUCAUGCUGUGGUUUGGCAAAGGCUGCACAUUCUAUAUCUUAGACCAUGACCUUAUCAGAUAGGUCACAAAGUUCCAACAAACACCCUUUUCUUAACCUUUCAGGCCCAGGGGUGAUAAUAACUCACCAAUGCAUAUUUCACCACCCCUUUUUGGUUCCCUUGUUGCUGUGGUUGUUUGGCCACUAAAUCAUGUCUGACUCUUUGUGACCCAUGAACUGCAGCACUCCAGGCUUCCCUGUCCUUCACUAUCUCCCUGAGUUUGCUCAAACUCAUGUUCAUUGAGUCAGUAAUGCCAUCCAAGCAUCUCAUCCUCUGUUGCCCUCUUCUCUUGCCCUCAAUCUUUUCCAAGAUUAGGGUCUUUUCCAAUGAGUCCCUUAAUCCUUCUCAAACUUUAUAAAAGUGUCCUUGUUAAAUGCCCUCAGAUGACCCCUGGAGUGUGCCCUUUGAUUUCUUCUGUUACAGAGAUCAAUGAUUGAUCCAGUGAGACACUGAAACAAAAGAGAAUUUUGCAGAUAGUUGGGAUCUGCAGACUGUAAAUUACUAAGAUAUGACUUUUGGCCAUGAGGACAAAUGGCCAAUAUACGAAUGAGGAUUAAAGUAUCAAGUUUCUCAAUACCAAUACUGUAGUCACAAGAUGGGGCAGAAACAACCCUCCAUCCAUUAAAUAAUUCAUGCUUCCCUUCUACAGUGAAAUUACUACAGAAAUCUUGCCAGCCAGGCAAAAAUUAUGUUGAUCUGGCCCAACCUUUAGAACCAAACACAGACAUUAUUAGUGGAUGUGAAUGUGAUACCCAGUAUUUCAAGGUCAUGGCUUUUAAGAAAUGGUUGUAGAUUUUCCAGCUUCUCCUUUUCUAUCCAAUGGCUAGAAGUAGGACAUUUAAUCACUCACAAGACGGAAGGAGCAAGGCUACAUUUAGAAGACAACUACCCAUUAACUAGGAUUUGUUGUUGUUCAAUCACUAAGUCGUGUCCGACUCUUUGUGACCCCAUGGACUAUAGUAACCAGGCUCCUCUGUCCAUUGGGUUUUUCAGGUAAGAAUACUGGAGUGGGUUGCCAUUUACUUCUGCAGGGGAUCUUUCAGGAUGAGGGGUCAAACCUGCAUUGGCAAGUGGGUUCCUUACUACUAAGUCACCUGGGAAACCCGUUAAAUCAGGAUUACUGGAGCUAAAAUUGUUACAGGGGAGAAUUUACUCCAUGCGGACCUGUUAUCUUUUACUUUAACCUUUGCUUCCUGUUGCUUUGUUCACUAAAAGGAUACCUUUUUUUUUUUUUUUUCAAGGAUAAUGUAUUCUCUUUCUUUUUUUUUUUUUUCCUUUGCUGAUUUUUUUAAAUAUUUUUAAAUAUUUUACAAUGUUGUGUUGGUUUCUGCCAUACAACAAUGCCAAUCAGCCAUAAUUAUACAUACAUCCCCUCCUUCCCUAGCUUCCCUCCCCUCUACAGGGAAACAACUGAAAUAGCACAAUAAUAAAUGCAUAUGUUAGCAUUAUUGAGUCUAAGAUUAAAAUAGCAAUGAUCGAAGACAAUAACAACAAAAACAAAGGAUACUGUUCACACAUAAUAACCUGCCUUGGGGAAGCCUGCCUCUAUGCCUAAAUGUUAAACAAAAAUAUCUUUGUUCAGGACCCUGUCCACCUGUGGAUGGCUACAAAAAGGAAGAAAUUAACACAUCCCCCAUGCUCAUUCCACAGAGACUGGCCUGGAAUUCCAGGAAAUAUUUGUAAGAUUAAUGGCCUUUUUUAUUUUACCUCCUCAUCCCCAUCCCAUCUGUUCUAUAAAAGAAUCUGGUAUUAAGUCCCCAUAAGAUGGUUAUUUUGAGACAUUUGUCUGCCAUCUUCUCCUGUUCAUUGCCUCAAUACUUCAUCUCUCAUUUAAUUGGCCUGUUGAAUGGUGAGCCGAGUGAGCUUGGACUAGGUAACAAAAUGUUAUGUAAGUGAGAAAUAAACUCUGUGUUAAACAAUAAUUAUUUUGAGGUUUACGUGUCACAACAACUGCAUCACCCCCAACUAAUAUAUAGUGUGUACAUUUAUUUUAGGGAUUAAAUCCCUUUCCAGCUUCCUUGUUUAAAGAUGUACAGUAAUAUACAACUCUUUCCAUACUGGUUUGCCCAAUGUGAGUUAUCCUCAUUCUUUGCUAUCAAGGUCAUUCUCAUCUUCAUAUUCUAUCCCAAAUAUAAGCUCAUUCUCUGUCCUUUUCAUCUUGAUAGUAAUCCAGUACUAUCACCUUCAACAUCUGCUACAUUGUAAAAACAAGAGCAAUAAUCUAUUCUGUAACUGGCCGUAUUGGUUCAGUUUCUUUCUCAUUUCCCUCUUUACCAAGUUAUGCUUUGGCUAAAACCUCAUAAACUUCUACUUUCUGGAUGAAGAUGUAUGUAUUCUAUUCCUUAAACUCAACAUGUUUUCCCAGGGGUGUGAAAAGGUAACUAAUUUCAGUUCUUGCAUUAAUCUGCUCCGGACUACAAAAGGAGAAUUUGUCUCAGCCUUUCAUGUGGACUGCCUUAUCCAUCAAAGCAUCCCAGACAUGCAAGAGGAUGAAAUAUACACCUCUCUUCAGUGGGAUACUCCAACAUCAAACCCUUAUCAGAAACAUCUGUCUUCCACCAAAAAUUCAGGAGUAUGGUGUCUUGUGACAGUGAUCUUAUGUAUUUUCUGCAUUGGCUCAUUGGCAACCUCUGUUUUCUUGGGCAUCAAAUUGUUUCAGAUGUCCACUACUAUAAUGAAGCAGCAAGAAAAACUCAUCCAACAGGAGAGAGCACUGCUCAACUUUACACAGUGGAAGAGAAACCCCAACCUACAGAUGACAUAUUGCCAAACCUUAAUGCAGAAUUCUUUCAGUUCAGCCUAUAACUGCAGCCCUUGUCCAAACAACUGGAUUCAGAAUGGAGAAAGUUGUUAUCAUGUCUUUGAAAGCUGGACAUUUUGGCACACUAGUAGAAAGGAUUGUUGGAAGAAGGGCUCUGAUCUUCUGCAAAUAGAGAGCAAAGAAGAAAUGGACUUUAUCACGGGCAGUCUGAAGAAGAUCAAGAGAAACUAUGAUUACUGGGUAGGACUGUCACAGAAUGGGUCCAACCAACCUUGGCUUUGGCAGGAUGGCUCCUCUCCUUCCGCUGACCUGUUGCCAAGACAGGGACCCCAGUCAACUAAUCAGGUCUGUGGAUACCUCAGAGACAACGACCUUUCUUCUGCUAACUGCAGCGUUUGGAAAUAUUUCAUCUGUGAGAAGUAUGCACUAAGAUCUUCUACCUGAAAGAAAUUUUGCUUAAAGUGAUGACUCCAUUAUGACCAUAUUUGCGAUAGAUCCUUCAAAAACCUGUAAUAAUGAGCCUAAGAGCAGCGCAGAACUAAACCAGUGCAAGAGCUGUAAAACCAGCUACCUGGAACACAAAGCCUAUCUUGCCUUUACACUUGGUAAUAUUCCUCAAUGCUUUCCAGAUGUUUCUUUGACACUGUUCAAAUUAAUUACCAAGAAUAAAAUUGGUUUAGAGCAACAGAGGACAAAACGGUACAGAAUGGAGACCAAGCUGAAGAAAAACCAUUUCCAUUUGUCUUUUUUUUUCUUUCUCUCUUUCUAUUUUUUUUUUAAAUUUAGAGUGACUAUAAACUCUACAGAAAAAUCAAUAAAUCACUGAUGAGAUGAUGCAAUUUUAGCUAACUGAUACCCUUUUUAAUACAUGAAUAAAUGUGAUCUUUCAAACUCACUGUUUGCAAAAUCUUUCUAUGCAUUUGCUGGGCUUGCCAGGCAUUAUGUUAUCAGACUGGUAGGAUGGGAAGACAGUGACAUGGAUUUUCAAAUUAGAGGAAAGAUAGGCUGCUAUCUGCUGCCUAUAAGAAAAAAUCAUUUUUUAGGACUGCAGAAUUUUACUGGAGAGAACAACCAGAGCUACAUGUAUGUGGAAGGAAUAGUCAGGCUGGCACAGCAGUGUGUAUCCAGUAAAGAAGAGCUGUGGCCCAUAUGUAAAAUAGGCAGCUAGUGGUGGGAAGUUGCUGUAUAACACAGGGAGCACAACCCGGUGCUUGGUGAAAACCUAGAGAGGCAGGAUAGGGUGAGAGGGGUGGGAGGAAGGUUCAGGUUCACAUAUGCUUAUGGCUGAUUCACAUUGUUGUAGGGCAGAAAUCAACACAGCACUGUAAAACAAUUAUCCUUCAAUUAAAAAUAAAUUUAAAAAAAACUACAAAAAUAGAAGAACUGUGAUCUUCCUUUCUACCUCUUACUGACUACCCCCACUGCUCACAUAUAAAAAGACUCAAGACCUGUAUGACAGACUCCAGGUUCACCCACACCACUACAAAUGACUCAAUUUCAUUCCUUUUUAUGGCUAAAUAAUAUUCCUUGGUAUGUAUGUACCACAUCUUUAUCCAUUCAUCUGUUGAUGGACAUCUAGUUUGCUUCCUUGUCCUGGUUAAAUAGUUGCUGCAGUGAACUGUUAUACAGAGUGAAGUAAGUCAGAAAGAGAAAAUCAAAUAUCAGAUAUUAAUGCAUAUAUAUGGAAUC